AUGUCAGUCACUUUGCGCCAGCGCUAUAUGCUACUUAGUGUUUUUGUAACUUUGACUAUACUCCUCACUGGUUUUUAUUUACACAAUAAUUUAAGACCACUCACAUCUCUUCAUCCACCUGAACCUCCUCUUCCAACCGAGACUGGACCCAAGCAUCCAAUAUACAAAACUUCUAAACCUCCGAAAAGUUAUCCUAUAAUUGAUAACUUUCCUCUUGCUUUAAACGCACAUUCAGCUUCAGAGCUUCCACCAAUUCCAAAAUGGAAUCAACCUCCCAAUCCACAUGUUCCUGAGAAAACUCCCCUUCUUAUUGGAUUUACGAGAAAUUGGCGUCUUCUUCAACAAGUGGUUGUUUCUUAUAUUACUGCAGGAUGGCCUCCUGAGGAUAUAUAUGUCGUGGAGAAUACAGGUGUGAUGCAUUCCAAUAAAGAUGGACAAUUAUCUCUUCAGAACCCCUUCUUCCUCAAUCACACCCGUCUAAAUAUGCUUGGGGUAAAUAUCCUCAUCACACCUACCCUAUUCACCUUUGCGCAAAUCCAAAAUUACUUCCUAUGGACUGCCAUUGAAAAUCAAUGGCCAACCUAUUUCUGGAGUCACAUGGAUCUCGCCAUCCUGUCCUUCGAAGACCAAUGGAUAGCAAGCCACCCCGACGAACUCCACCCCUCACCCCUCAAUUUCCCCUCCCUCUACGACCACUGCAUCACCGCCCUCCGCAACGUCACAACCCCCAACCCCGAAACUGGUCUCGUCACCCCCUGGGCCCUCGAAUUCUUCUCCUACGACCGUCUCGCGCUCGUCAAUACCGACUCGUAUCAGAAAGUCGGCGGUUGGGAUACCAUGAUUCCUUUCUACGGCACCGAUUGCGAUAUGCACGAACGACUUGCCAUGGAAGGAUUUGAGAUGAGAGAUUGGCCUGCGGGAGCCAUUUGGGAUGUCGCGAGUAGUUUGGAUGAUCUGGAGGUUUUAUAUCGGAAGAAGGGGGGCCCGGUACCUUCCUUUGUAGAUCCUAAUGCUAUUGAAGAAGAACUUGCACAAAUAAACACCACAACAUCAGAUUCGAGCCCCACAGAACCAGACAAUACCUCCAACCUCCAACCCCGCGACAUCAAUCUCAACCUCGGCACUCUCUUCUCAGACAAAAAACACAAACAAUGGCACGACGAACCCAUAGCGCAAGAAUCAUGGAAGAAACUUCUAGAAGUACUAGAUCGCAUGGGCUGGUCCAAGGGCGCGAAUAAGAAUGGGAGGAAUACGUGGCAGGGGAGACAGGUGGGUGGAGUAAAUGAUCCGUAUUAUAGGGAUUCUGAGGGCUUUGAGUUGGGUAUUCAAAUGCAGAUUGAGCAUGGGAGGAAAGUGUUUGCGGAGAAGUGGGGACAUAGGGAUUGUGAUUUGAGGGCGCAGGGGUUGGGACCGGGGGAUGCUUGGAGGGUGGUGAGGGAUUGGUAG